AUGAAAAUAAAUAAAAAAGCCUUUUUGUUACGAUCGGACGGUGCAGGAUGCACCACGCGGCGGAAAUCCGGCCAUUCACGGCCUCCCCGCCAGGAGAGAAGGGGGGCCAAGGCCGCAGGUUUAUCCGUUACCACCGCGGCUCUCCAUUCCGCCAAUAAACCUCUCCGGCCAGCCAUGGAAGCCUUCGCCGCCGCCCCCGCGGCCGGCGUCUUCGCGGCCGCGCGGCCCUCCGUCGCGCUCCGGCGCCGCGGAAGCGGCAGAGGGGCCUCCUCCUCCUCGCGCGCCGGCGCCGGACGGGUGCGCCUCGUGCGCGCGCCGCCGCCGCGCGCUGGCGGGGGCGGCGACGGAGGGGACCUGCCGGCUCUGGACAAGUGGGACAUGAUGGAGCUCGAGUUCGGGCGGUUCCUCGGGGAGGACCCCAAGCUCACCCUCGCCAAGAUACUGCUCAAGAAGUCAGACCCAGAUGCUUCAUCCCUUGAUGUAGAGAAACUAGUUGCCAGCAAAAAGGACACGCUGGAUGUUAUUUUGAAGGAGUUCAUGGAAGCUAAUAAGCAGGACAAGAAUGCCACCGCAGGAGAGGCAGUAGACACACCAAUGAAAGACAAACAGCCUUUGGGUGUUUCAAGGCCUGCACUGAGCAAACCAAAGCUGGAUGAGGCUUCUUUGGCUAUGAUACGGCCAGUAGGAAGCAAACCGAAGCAAGUUGAACCUCCAUUGACUUUUGUGAGACCAGCAGCGAUCAAACCAAAGGUAAAUAAGCCUUCUUUGACCUUGAUGCGGCCAAUGGGGAGCAAACCAAAAGUACAAGCAAAGCUGGUGCAAGCUAGUUGGCCUAGCAAGGAGAGUUUAGCUGCAGGAACAGAGACAAGUGAGGUUGGAUGUACCGCAACAGAGGAUAUCGUGGACGUGACCUUGCGUAAACCCGUUGUGCAUCAGAGUGAAGAUGAUGAACAGGAGCCAGAGCUGAAGAUGAAACCAAAUGCCGACUUGAAAAUGAGGAAGGAUAUGGAUGAGGAUUUAUCCAACAUUUCUCUUCUUCAAAAGCCAGAGGCCACAAAAGAGACUGCUAAUGCACUUGGCUCGGCCUUAGUUGCUGCUGGAGAGGAUACCAAUGAACGUGAGGAAGGACUGCAACCAUCUGAGGAAAGUUUAAGUCAACAAAUAGACUUGCCUGCUCUGGAUAAACCAUCAGCGACCGACAACAAUUUUUCUAUGCAAGCUUUCUUGCAAGGAAGACCGAGGAAAGACCUGCCUGUUGAAACUUCACCAUCUCAAGUGGAUGCUGAGAAGAAAAUUGAUGGUGAUAAUAAAAAAAGUUAUGUUGACGAUGGGGGCAAUGUCUUAUCAUCAACAUUAGAGGACAUUACUGAGAGUGACUGGACAAGGCUAGAUCAUUAUGCAAGUACUGGAGAAAGGGUUGAGGUGGAACUUAUUAACUGCAGUGCGAAGGGAUUUGUGGUGUCACUCGACUCAAUGAUAGGUUUCUUACCGUAUCGUAAUCUAGCUACAAAAUGGAAAUUCUUAGCUUUUGAGACUUGGUUAAGAAGGAAGGGUGGUGAUCCUUCCUUGUACAAGCAGAGUAUGAGCAUGGAGGAAGGUUCCGAGGUUAAUGAUAGGAGCAUAGAACCAGAAUCAGUUUCAGAAGUAGCUCAUCAGGACCAAGGAACUCUGCAGUCUAGGCUGAAGUUUGAAGAGCUUCUUCGAACAUAUGACGAAGAGAAAUCCAAGUUCUUAUCAUCAUUUAUCGGUCAAAGGCUCCGAGUGUCAGUUGUUCUGGCUGAUAGAAAUUCCAAGCGACUAUUUUUCUCCAUGAGGCCAAAAGAAAGUGACGAGUUGAUUCAGAAAAGGAAAAGCCUGAUGGCUAAGCUUAAUGUUGGAGAUAUAGUCACAUGCACUAUCAAGCGAUUUGUUUACUUUGGGAUAUUUGUUGAGGUUGAAGGAGUUCCUGCACUGAUUCAGCAGUGGGAAGUGUCCUGGGAUGAGACCUUAGAUCCAUCAGUUUCUUACAGAAUUGGUCAGGUUGUUGAUGCUAAAGUUAUUCAACUGGAUUUCAACAAUAGCCGUAUCUUUUUGUCACUUAAAGAUGUAAAGCCAAGUCCGCCAGUAGGGGCAUUGGAAGCAGUCAUUGGCGAUGAUGCGUCAAUUGAUGGAUCUCUCGAACCCGCACAAGCAGAUUUUGAGUGGCCUGAGGUGGAUUCCCUCAUCGAGGAGCUGAAAAACAUAGAGCAAGUUAAAGAUGUUUACAAAGGAAGGUUCUUCCGGAGCCCAGGAUUAGCUCCAACGUUUCAGGUAUAUAUGGCAUCUCUGGUUGGUCAGAAAUAUAAGGUCCUAGCACGGUAUGGAAACAAUGUGCAAGAGGUGAUGGUGGAGACGUCGUUAGAUAAAGAAGGGCUUAAAGUGGCAAUUUUGAUGUGCACAAACAGGGUGAGCUGA